AUGAGAGCCAUCCUAUUCUCGUUGAGCGCAUCCGUGUUCUACAUGAUCUGGUAUUUCUCUCACGCCAGCGGAUUACAUGAUUUAGCACAGAAAGCUGUCGCAUCGGGCAAGCUCCCUGGACUCGAUGAGGCCCUGCGCACUGUCUAUACCGGAGUUGAGCCUAUCGACAAAUUGCUCACACUCUUAACUGUGUUUUUCUACCCGGCUAUGGACGGACAAGAUUCGACACUUUUGCUCCAUAGUAUCGGAUUCUCAGGCACCUUUGCAGCAGCUUGGACGCUGAUUGUACUGGAGUCAUGGAGAAAGGGAAACUCGGGCACUGUCGCAGCUUACGCAGGUCCUUACUUCGCCUUCGCGACUCCCUUGCUUUGCGCUCUCCAAUUAGGAUGCUCUGUCACUGUGCGCCGACCUCACGCAGAUAAUAUCCGUGUCCCUCGCGCUGUGCUAGCUGUUAUACCAACUGUCUUUGUGAUCGGCUUCCUAGUCCCAUCUAACUUGAUGGUCCUUCCUGCCCCUGAAAUCAUCUCUGUGGAUUGGAAACAGAUUGCAAUUUCGGCAUGGCACCCAUGGCCAGCAUAUGUGUCAAUCCUUACAACAGUGUCGUACUAUGUGAUAGGCCCGCUGUUCUCGAAUAAUCACCGGGCCUCUAUGUCCAGUCUGCGAUGGGUGUAUGCAUCGGCAUUUAUUCAUACAGCUGUCAGUCAUUUGGCGACCCUGACUCUUUCCUUGACUACUGUUCUGGCACCUGCACUUCUCGAGGACAAAUAUAUCGAUGCUCUUCAUCCCUCGAAGGUGUAUUCUUUCCCUGUUCCUUGGUCUGGAUUGAAAGUCAACACUGUACCAGAAGGCGUGCACGUAUUCCUCCGCUGGGAUUAUAUGAUUGGUUCUGCGGGCAUUCUACUCUGGGCCUUGAAGCUUCAUAUUGUCGCCCAGAGGCAGGUCGUGGGUGGUGUCUCUUGGGCGAGUCUUCUUUUCAAAAUCGGAGUUUUGUCAUUGUUUAGUGGACCGGCUGGUGCUGCGGUGGAAUUAAUGUGGGAGCGAGAUGAAUUGAUCUUUCGUGAGACUGGGAGCUCCAGACAGGUCACUACAGCUAAGAAGUCAUCCUAA